ACGCUAAACUUGCAUUUAUUUAAAAAUGUCACAACUGUAACAACUAACUGCAACUUGAUACAGUAAGUGGUUUGAACCGCCAAGACUAACAUUGAUCAUUGAUGGUAUAGUCUUAUCGUGAGGGAAAUCAGUCAUUCAAGGAACAUUACUGAAGUUCGUAUUUGGUCCCGACCCAAUACGUCGGCUACAUCUGUGUAGUGCGGGGCUCCUGGUUCGGGCUGAAACGAAAAUGCCCCUGGGACCUGUCCGUCCGCUCGGGUGGCACUGGUGGCUGUUGAUCAUUAACCUGUACUGCGGCAUAUUCCACAAUGACAUCAUUUGAUAUGGAAGCCACAUAUCCGGUUGCAUUUGAAAAGUUCGUCACGACUGUCUGUGAACAAGGAAAGUCGCCAAACCAACAUUUAAACCAGACACACAAUCCUUUGUAUCUUUCUUAUUUUUAAGGUUUCGUUACCUUAAACAGGCGAUACCUAAUACCGAUUGACUUUGUGAGCGUCUUUCGAGCCUCAGUGGCUGCGAUCUCGGUGUUUUAGUCCUCUUCAGCGUCAAUCGAGGAUUUGUGAUCAUCGCUUCAUUUGGAUUUGCAGCGCGAAUGGAAAGUGUUGCGUGUAUCAGAAAGGGAACACGAAAGAGGAAACAGAGGGCGACACUCGGCGACUUGGAAGCGUUGGACUCAGACGAAUAUGACUCCUCGCCUAAGCGCGAGUCCGAUGAUGAGAACACCUUAACUUCAAAGAACAACAAGCGAAAAAGGAGAAGACCUCGUCUAACGGGCCUUAGUAAACAACGACAAGCUGCAAACGCUCGCGAACGAAGUAGAACUCACAGUGUCAAUUCUGCAUUCAGUGCAUUACGAGUUCUUAUACCAACUGAACCUUCUGACAGAAAACUUUCAAAAAUAGAAACAUUGCGCCUGGCUUCAAGCUACAUCGCGCAUCUUGGAUCAAUGUUGGUGAGUGGAACUCAGUGUCCAAAUGUGGCAAAGGCAGCUGAACACAAUGGAGCCAUUUCACCAUCUUCAGCAUCAAGAGUGUGCACAUUUUGUUUGAGCCUACUUAAAGCGGUUUCAAAAGAUGAAGGAACAAACAACAGAUUACACGUGCAAGGAAAAUGAUGAUGCAAGUCAGAACUAACCAACUGUUCAACGCAAUAAUAUGGACUCUAAACCUUAAGCGGGGAGACAGAGCAGUAAUACUGAUCGAUAGCAGACUUCGCAUCGGAGAGUUUAGUUUCUUCUAUAAAUCGCUCGUUCAUUUUCAUAGCCUACAGAUGAAUAGCACUCGUUCUGUCUCUGAAAAUACCGAACACCCCUACAAACAAGACAUUGAGGAAUGCACCAGUGCAUGUCUUCAUGUAUAAUAUAACUGACUUACUGCAGGCUCAAGUAUCGAGGGAAUUGUUGUCAGGCUGAGUGAAACAUAUUCUGUUAAGACUUUUGAGUUGGAAUCAAGACUAAUUUAUCGCUGAAAAUCGAUUUUUUUUGUGUGUACAAGCUAAAAGGCGAUGGUAAGAGAGGACGAAAAAUGAUUCAGUUCGUCUUGUUGAACAUAGUUUAUAUUUACCAACUGUAUCAGAUCUGUCGACCUAGAUAAAGUUUUCGUUGAUGAGAUCCAUCAUAUAUCCAAAGAUCAGUCUGGAGAACUAAGCUAUUGGAAGUCAGAUAAUUUUCUUUUCUUUCCGCGUUGCACGCUCCAGCCACCUUUGGUUGGAGAUCUUAGAAUCAUAUCGCUUGAUUUAAUCUGAGAACAUCUCAAGUCUUAUGCUUGUAAUUUCAAGUAGAUACGGCUUGAGUUACUCUGAAUAACUUUACCAUUCGUGUCAAAUCAUUUGUGAAUAAAGAGUUAUCCGCCGUGUAAGGCACUGGUA